UCUGGGUGGUGGGUGUCCGCUCUGGGCACCAAGGGGGACACCCACACCCAGAUCAUGCAAGGCCUCGGUUUCAACCUCACUGAGAGAGCAGAGAGGGAAGUCCACCAAGGCUUCCAUCAACUCCUCAGCAUCCUCAACCAGCCAGACAACCAGCUGCAGCUGACCACCGGCAGCGGUCUGUUCAUCAACGACACCAUAAAGCUACUGAAUAAGUUUUUAGAGGAUGUCAGGAACCUGUACCACUCAGAAGCCUUCACCAUCAACUUCAGGCACACUGAAGAGGCCAAGAAACAGAUCAACAAUUAUGUAGAGAAGGGAACCCAAGGAAAAAUUGUGGAUUUGGUCAAAGAUCUUGACGAAGACACAGUUUUCGCUCUGGUGAAUUACAUUUUCUUUAAAGGCAAAUGGGAGAAGCCUUUCGAGGUGGAGCAUACCACGGAGGAGGACUUCCACGUGGAUGAGCACACCACGGUCAAGGUGCCCAUGAUGAGCCGCCUGGGCAUGUUCGACAUCCAGCACUGUGCCACGCUCUCCAGCUGGGUUCUGCUCAUGGAGUACGUGGGCAACGCCACCGCCUUCUUCAUCCUGCCCGACGAGGGCAAAAUGCAGCACCUGGAGAGCAAGCUGACCAAGGAGGUCCUGGCCAAGUUCCUGGAAAAGAGAUACGCCAGGUCUGCCAGUUUGCGCUUGCCCAAACUGUCCAUCUCUGGAACCUACGAUCUGAAAAACAUCCUGAGCAAAAUGGGCAUCACCAAGGUCUUCAGCGCCGAGGCUGACCUCUCUGGGAUCACUGAGGAAGGGCCCUUGAUGCUGUCCAAGGGGCUGCACAAGGCCGUGCUGACCAUCGACGAGAAAGGGACUGAAGCUGCGGGAGCCACCUUUCUGGAAGCCAUCCCCAUGUCCAUGCCGCCCAGUGUCGACUUCAACAAGCCUUUCCUCAUCAUCAUCGUCGACAGAGACACCAAGAGUCCCCUCUUCAUGGGAAAGGUGGUGAACCCCACCCAAAAGUAACUGCCUUGUGGGUCAGGUCCCUUCCAGAUACCAUUAAAGAGUGACCCACCCCAGG